GACUCACUCGAUUCGUUUGUUCUGUGAAUGUCAAACCAAGCCCGGCGGCUACAGAAAUCAAGUUUCAAGAGAUUAAGAGCCGGUCGCUAGAUGACAGCCUUUACCCAGAAUCAGACCUUAGCCUAUGUAAGCAAUACAAGCCAGUUGGCUUGGCCUUAAAUAUUAAAAGCAAUUGUUGCACAGCAAGCAAAUUACUGAACAGCAAAUAGAUUUACAAAGGCCUGAAUACCCUAGAAAACAUUUUGUAUUAUCAUUUUACAACCCACGUUGACUUUAAAACCACUUAAUCAGAUGGUCUCCACUGUACGUGAUGACGCCGGGUUGAAAUAUGGGUUUUCGUAGAUUCAAAACACAAAAAUGGCUAUGGAUUUUUGCCUUGCUUUUUUUCGUUCUUCUUUAUUUACUCGCCAUCUCUUUACCGAAUGUCAAUUCAGAAAAAUCCAACCAUUUUUCAGAUUCCUGUGAAUGUUCCCCCACCACUGGAAAACAUCAGUUGCCGGCAGAGAACGCAGAAAAUGAAAUCUCAGAUCAUCAUAACAACAAUCGCCUUGCUGUCAUUGUCCCAUUUCGGGAUAGGUUUCAGGAACUUAUUGAAUUUGUUCCUCAUAUGCAUAAAUUUCUUUCAAACCAAAGUGUAUUGCAUGACAUUUUCAUCAUCAACCAAAGUGAUAAUUUCAGGUUCAACAGAGCUUCCUUAAUAAAUGUUGGGUUUGUCCAUAUCAGUCUGUUGGAGAAGUUUGACUACAUUGCUAUGCAUGAUGUAGACUUACUUCCUGUGAAUCCACAAUUGAAAUAUGUUAACCCUGGAGAUGGGUUUGCUCUUCAUAUUGCUAGUCCGAAGCUUCAUCCAAAGUACCACUAUGAAACAUUUGUUGGUGGUAUACUGAUCCUUACCAUUGGUGACUUUAAAAAACUAAAUGGACUCAGUAAUAAGUAUUGGGGAUGGGGUCUUGAAGAUGAUGAGUUUUUCCAUAGAAUGAAACAAAGUGGCAUUAAGGUACUGAGACCUGACAACGUGAUGGAUUACUCAGAAUUAACAGAACGCUUGCGUAAAACACUGUACUAUGGCUCGGUUUCAAAAGCCUCCCAUAGCCUCAAUUCCAGCCUUCCACUUACAAGAGUGAUGGUAGAAAAGUUUAGUGAAACAGACAGCAACCUCUUCUUGGAGAAACUGUGUUUUGAGUAUGCUGCUGAACUUUCGAGAGAAGCUUGCCUUUCCCCCUGUUCUUUAGUUGUGGCCUUGAUUUAUUUGGAAAGAUUAUGCCAAAGUAACCCCAACUUUGUAUCUUCAAUUCCUUCUUCCAAACUCUUUCUAGUUUCUGUGAUGGUUGCUUCUAAAUUUCUAAAUGAUGAAGGAGAAGAGGACGAAGUAAUCAACUCAGAAUGGGCUAACAGUGCUAAAAUAGAUUUGAGCAACCUUAACCAAAUAGAAAGACAAUUCCUUCAAGCAAUUGAAUGGCGUCUUUUUGUAGACGAUCAAGAUUUUGCCGAAACCCUGGCCCGGAUCGAGUUCCGCGUGGCGCAACGUGAGAGUUUGAAGCGUGGAUGGCUCACUUACACCGAUUUGGAUAUUCUAGCUCGGCAGAAAUUGCUGUCAGAUACUUGGAAUGUCGUCUACGACCUGGUUAUAAAUGUUUCUGUUGCGUGCAUGACAGCGUAUUUGGCUAGUCUGGUCACGCUGGUUGGGUCUGCCAUUGUCGUUUCUUCCUUACCCUGGAACAGUGGUUCUAGCCCAUCUUCGCCAACAUUCACACAAUCGACAUCCUUAAAUCCUCCUUAUGGAACAAAGUCUGUCAAUGCAAGUUCUGAUUUGCAACCUGAAAUUGACUUAAUCGAUAGUGAAUCCAAUCUGGUUGAUUCAGCUAUAUCCGAAUUCGCCUUCCAGUAUCCUGAUCUAGAUUCAGAUACAUUCCUGAAGGAUUUUACUGCAGUCGCUCUCGGUUCUUAUUCUCACCUUCCCAAACCGCCUUUUCUGAUGUUUAACGAAACAUCCAUCAGUGUUAGUGUAAAAAAUUUUACCAGCCCUUUUUUGUACCUACAACACAGUUUCUGUGCUUUGGUUAGUUCAACAAUUGGAUAUCACAGUGAUCUAUACGCUCUCUCUCCUCUGUGUUUGACUCUUGCUUCUUGAAUUCCGUAGAAUGGUUUUCUUUGGUUUGAUAAUUUUAUUUAACAUUAGUUAAUCGAACUUACAUUGCUUAUUCCGUAUCCUGUCGGCUGUUUCCAUUAACUGCUGUACUCUGUUGACGUCUAUUUCUUGGUUCCAGCUGCGUAUACCGAUUUUAUCAACAGAUGAGACUAUAUCGACAUGUAAACAGUCUUACGUUGGAAUAAAUGUAAUACCUUCCA